GUAUGUAUGGAUAUGACUCUCCACACAGUGUUGACAUUCUUUGAAACCAUUUUGAACGGUGACAUAUAGGUCCAUACCCAAAAGAGUGAGUGAGUGAGUGCUUGGGGUUUAACGUCGUACUACCCAAAAGAGGAAUGGUUGACUACCACAUAGGGCUUCUACUGUGAUCGCGGGGUUUGGAACUACUUGUGUAACGGCAAAUAUCUAUGUGACGGCUGCGUUGUUUUCUCUUUGCGUGGUGACAGGGCCUGACACAUUGCUUACCAUUGAUCGCCAGACAGCUAUAGGUGUGAGGAAAGGAAUGUACCAGAGACGUCAAAUGCGGAGUUCCCACCGGUGCUAAGUCCUAUAGGUGAAAGGUUAUACCAUUUGUAAGAAGAGUAUGAUGUGGUGGUGCGCGAUGGUUCUGUGGAUGCUGGUCGCCCUGUGGAUUCCGGGGACGGAAGGACAGAGUUUCCAGGUGCGACUUGUAGGGGGAACAAACUCCAGCAAUGGCCGCGUGGAGGUAAACAAUGGCGUCACGUGGGGAACAGUUUGUGACGACAACUGGGAAGAUCAGGACGCCACGAUCGUUUGUCGUAUGAGGGGCUUCAGCCGUGGCGUUGCCUUGGUAUCUGUGAAUGGUGUCCCUCCAUUCGGUGCUGGAGCUGGAAUCAUUGCCCUUGAUGACGUUAACUGUUUUGGGCCGGAAGUGAACAUUGCGCAAUGUCUGCAUCGAGGAUGGGGUGUGCACGAUUGCGUUCACUCCGAAGAUGCCGGCGUGCAGUGCAUAGGUACUCCGGGAAACCCUAUCGCCACAACUACCAGGCGACCAGUCACUCCGGGCCCUGUCCCUGACAACUGUCCAGGCAAUCAACCGAGCCCUAACGUCCGUCUGUACGGCACCGUAACCGGCAUUGGCAUUGUGGAGGUGUUUAACUCUGCCCUUAACCAAUGGGGGUCCAUUUGUGACGAUGGCUUUGGUCAGAGGGACGCCAUGGUCAUCUGCAGGAUGCUUUGUUACGAGGUAAGAUACGCUCGUGCCGGAGCGCGUGCGGACAGGGUACAGGCCACGCCCAGAUUACCCAUCCAGCUUGAUAACCUGGGCUGUACAGGAAAUGAAAACGACAUUUUCAGCUGUCCUAGUGACGGAUGGGGUACAGAUAACUGUAACGACACGACAGAGGCUGUGAGAGUGACCUGUAUACCUCAGGAUUAUCUGGCUCCACCACCCCCGAUCCCAUCUGUGUCAUGCGCAAACGCCUUAAUCCUAGCUUCCUUCAACCGGACUACUUACCCGGAUAUUGAAGAUAAACAUCUAGACGUCAAUAACUCUCCGCCUAACUGCAACGUCAGGAAAAGGACAACAACAACGGUGGCAGAGAUCGCUAUACCGUUCGAUGAAUGUGAUACCGUAAAAGAGCUGAACGCCACUCAUAUCGUGUACAAGAAUACGGUUCGAAUCGCCUCCACCUACCUCCAGAACAACGUCUACCGUAAAAACACCUACCUGGUUUACCUGGCCUGUGACUUCCCGCGCGCAGGCAAUGUCGACGAUAACGGCAUCCAACCUUUGACUGAGUCCGUCAGCCAGCGGGCCCCGGGUCAGUACAACUUCCAGAUGACCUUUUACCGAAACGACAACUUCACGCAGGCAGAGACCGUAUUCCCUAUAAGAAUACCCCUAGGGGAGUUUCUCAAUGUAGGUGUAAGCCUGGAGGACGUGGACACAGGACUGAAGCUAAUCGUUCCAAACUGCCGGGCCUCUCCUGACCUGGACCCCAACUCUAAUGUCAUGUACCCGCUCAUAUCUGAAAGGUGCCCAACUGAUCCAGCUUUAGCCGUUUUCCCUUGGAACAGAACUAUGUUUGCCUUUCGAUUUCAAACAAUUCGGUUUUUGGGUAAUAACCCGGUGUUUUACGUUACCUGCGACACGUUCGUGUGCACCGUCAACGAAAAGAACGCCGACUGCGACCAGAGCUGCGAGACUGGCAGCACGGGCAGACGUCGACGUCGUCGACACGUCAGUGGUGCCAGCCAUACAAUGUACCACGUCGUGGGUGGUCCAUUUCAGGUUGUCACUGGUGGGGAAAACAUCCAGCAGCCCCCAGUCCAUGUCCAUUCUCUGAGCACCACACCAUCAGGAAUCCUAAUUACUUCACCAUCGCCUCCCUUGGAACCCCGGACAUCCGGCUUCGUCUCUCCAGGCUCCACCCCCAGGGUCAGCUAUGUCACUACUCUGCCCCACCAAAACACCUGGGCCCCUAGUACAACACAGGGUGCGAGAACUUCCCCUGCACGGCUUGUCACUACCUUAGCAGUCCGGACCGCCACUAACGGCCCAUCGUCACGUCCUUCCAGACAAUCAACAACUUCCACGGCAACAAGAACCAGUCUUCGUGCUACCACGAGCUAUCCUAGGAGAAACACCCUGUUAACAGGGUCGGAUAUCACCAGUUGGACCGGUCGGGCGCAAUCAGUCAGUGCUCCAACAGCUUCAGCGAAAACGUCUCAAAGGACAGGUGACGUUAACAUUAUUAGAGUUCCACAGGAAGCACAGUCUUCCAGUUCCAUUAGCAAUCCGAAAGCACCUUCAUCGGAAAGCAGGGCUCAAAAAGACGAGGUUACAUCACAUCCCAAUUCUCAACCGGAUCCCAAAGGUGAACAACGUCUGUUUCUACCAGGAGAGAUUUUGGGUAUCUUGGAUGGAUCCGAUUCCUUGCGUAACCCCAUCAUGCUUGUCCUCACUAUGACAUCACUGGUAUUGGUUUGCUGCCAUAUCCUGUUCUAAUGCACGCACGCGGGGAUGUGUUGGAGGAAACAGGUUUAGGCAGUUGGAUGGAUAAGAAGAAUGUGCGAUACCUUUUAAUGACUCUCUUAACAAGCAGAGAACAGCUGUCCUUCGGUACCGUAAAUAUCGAUAGGUAUGAAAUAAAUCUGUGCAAGGAAGACAAAAAGCGGCUGCAUAGAUCAUCAUUGGGUGCAAGACUUUGGUACACACCAGGAGGUUGACUUUCGUGGACACGCGGUGCAUGUCUCUUUCUGGCGAUGACUUCGUGAUGUAUGCAUGCCUUUGUUUUCUGAAGAGAGGUAUGAAAAUGAACGAUGGAGACGUUACUGCCUCAAAAGGGGUAUGUUACAAAUACCCUGUUCUGUUUCUUCACUUGGCAGCAGAUUGCUGUGUCCAGCCAAUCAGCAGAGUCGGCAUUUCAGGAGUCCCGCGAGUUCAUGCGGAUUUG